AUGAUUCACGCUAGGUUCAGAGAAGUUAACAAAACAGCGAGUGCAUCAACUCCUGUAACAAAACCUGCAACCAAGAAAUUUAAGAUUGCUGCAGGAGGCACAUUUUGUUGUGAACCAGUGAAUCUGGUUAAGGGAGAAGGUGUUGCUUCAGAGAUAUCGAGGACUACAGGGAGAUUUGAGAACCAAACGAACAAGAAAAAUAAGAUGCUGCAGGGACUGAUCACAGUGGCAGUUAUGAGUAAGAAGAAGAAAAGGCUAACCAAAGGAAAUGGAUCAAAGAGGUAUCUGCUGUGUGGUAUGGGCUUUAGUAACUUGGUUGCUGGAGUAGACGCAAUGAUGCUCAGUCAACGCUGCAGUUUAAGAUCUCAUUGGAGGCUGAAAAUACACUUGAAGUGGGACUGGCUGAAGGAUUUGCAGAGAUUGUUUCAAAGAACACCAGUGAAGAGAGUUCAUUGUUACCUUGCUUGGAAGAUGGAGCCUUAUGUAAUUCAGGAGGAAUUGAAAGAGAAAACUCAUAGUUUCUGGUUACUAAGAGUUAUUUGA